GGUUGGUCACUCCAAUAUUUUUCGUUACAUCUAAUGUAUAACUUCCCACUCAUAUCCAAUACUGAAGACUCGUUUGUCAAGAGAGUAGACUACGAGAUGCAACCCAAAGCAGGAUUCCUGUCUCUUGCUGACGAACUACGGUUUUACAUUCUCAGCUUUCUUUCUUACCAAGAUAUUCUUCGUUGCACAUCCGUGAGUCACAAUCACAUUGAUAUGUCAUUGUUAUCUUAGACAGACUUUUAUACCGACGAUCCUCUUGCUCUGGCAGGUAUGUAAGGCCCUUCACCAGACGUACAUGUCCUCCUCCAGGCUUCAGUACACCGUUGAACUUAGUGGCCAACACUUACUUCUUGUACCCAACACAGGCGAUCUCACACCUGUUUCCCAGCGCCUACAACUCUUGAGGGACAGAGCCCAUGCAUGGUUCAAGUUUGAUCUCCACUCUUUCAAAACGAUUUCCAUACCAAACAUA